AUGUCCAAUGACACCACGUAUCAGCAGCAACAGUCAACGCAGCAGCAAUCGUCGCAACAACAUGCGCAACAUCAGCAGCAGCAACAGCAACUCUAUAUGAGCCCGCAGACUGAGAACCUCAACCAGAUGUACUUGCUGGUGGAUAAGCUUGCGAAGCAACUAAGACACAAUAAGGUGCGGAAACAAAGGCUGUUAACCAAUAUCGACACAUUAUCUACCCAGUUGAACAAGGAAGCUGGCGCCAAAAGCAAGGCCGCUAAACCUGACGAGCCGCAAUCGGCUAUAACACUAUUCAAAAGAUUUCUUGAAGCAAGAGACACCUUCGUGGACGUCAAAAAAGACGAUCACGAUGAUAUUGCACUGCUCAGAGCCCAAAACGAAUCGCUGAAAAAGGUGCUGAAGGACAAAAUUUACUACAACAAAAUGACGCUCGGCUUACUUGAGGAUCAUGAAGACGGUCUGACAACUGUUGUAGCCAUGUUAAGAGAGGAUGUUUUCCAGUACUACACACAAUUCACCCAGAGAGUGCGACAACGGAUGGAACAAGAAGCCAUCCCAUCCGAAGACGCGGAGUUUUCCUUGUACCUGGAUAAUAUCAGAGAUGUACAAAAACUGAUGGACAUAUCAGCUCUCUAUAGACUAUUGUUAAGAAUGUACGAGUAA